AUGUCCUCGAAGACUACGUCGCAAUUCUUCAAUAUGGGCUCAGAACCAGGAUUCAGUCUGCAUGUCACCAUCUACAUUGAUCCUCUAAACGUUUCCAAAUUCUUUGAGCAUUUCAAGCCGGUCUAUGAUGCGGUAGUGGCGGAGCCGGAAUGUCGCUUCUUCGAAGUGUACCAGUCUCCCGAUGACCCGGGGACCCUGCACUGGGUUGAAGACUGGUACGAUGAUUAG